GCCCCUUAAUGAUCACUCACAAACAAGAUGGCGACUUGCAGGAAGAUGGGACGUAGCUGGAAAAUUCAAUGUUUCGUUUUUAUCUUGUUACAACUGUUUCCUCCCAACUGUAUUUCGGCUCCGCUGGCAACCCAAAACGCAGUUUCUCUGGAUCCAGGAGUUGAUGAUUUAGAACCCUUGCCUUUGGCACCAGCCAGCAACGAUGCAGAAACAGCCAUCAGCACUGGUACAACAGACGGCAAAGCAACCAGUGACAAUGCUACAACACCUGAUGCAACAGUAAUUAAGGCUGUAACAGCAGAUGCAAAGGACGCUGCUGCCACACCCGUCAAGGACGCUGCUGCCACACCCGUCAAGGACGCUGCUGCCACACCCGUCAAGGACGCUGCUGCCACACCCGUCAAGACGCUGCUGCCACACCCGUCAAGGACGCUGCUGCCACACCCGUCAAGAGACGGCUGCCACACCGUCAAAGGACGCUGCUGGCCACACCCGUCAAGGACGCUGCUGCCACACCCGUCAAGGACGCUGCUGGCACACCCGUCAAGGACGCUGCUGGCACACCCGUCAAGGACGCUGCUGGCACACCCGUCAAGGACGCUGCUCCCACACCUAUAG